AUGCCCAAAAGACUGAGAGAUCCAACAUCUCUGGAGCUGCUAAACCAUGAUACCCAAAAGACUCAUUACUUUUUAGAGCGAGAUUCAAAGAAAAGGAGACAAAAUAAAGCAGAUUUUGGGUUUUUCAAUUCAACAUUCUAUGGAUCUGAUUCCAACAAUGGCAUUGAAGAACUGAUAUCUUCAUCUUCGUCAUAUUUCCCUCGUUUGUUUCGAGGGAAGGAACCUCUUGAGAACGUUAAGAUUAGACAGAAGUUGUUUGAGGAGAUAUGGAGGAAUCAAUCUGCAACUAUCACUAGUAACUUAAAUGAUACCAAUACAUAUGUCUAUAACCGGUUGUACGAAUACAUUACCACUUCUGAAAACAUUGGCAGUGAAAAACUAAAUGUGGGUUUCCUACUGCUAGGCUCAAAUACAGCAAACAAUAUUCGAGUGUUAUCAGAAUUUAGAAGUUUUUGCAAGUGCAAAGCAGCAGAAACAAAAGAUAUAGUUCGAAUAAUUCAAAUAGAAGCAAAGAGUUGUCAGAAUAUUAAGUCAGCAUUAAGAGAAGUGGUUCUGCAGUUUUUUAAAAGUAGUACAACAGAUGUUCUUGAACAAUUGGAUCAGGUUGACGAAGAAGAUGCUGUCGAUGAUGAUGACGAAGAAGAAUCUUCAAAGGGGAACGGAAGAGUUAACUAUGAUUUUGAUAAUGUGGAAGAAUAUUUGAGAGGGCAGCCUCAUGUUAAAUUAGUGGUUGUGAUUCAAGAUACAGAUUCCAUGAUUUCACAAGUACUUCAUCAAAUGAUCAAAUUGCUAUACUCAUACCUUGACCGUAUACCUCAUAUUAGAUUACUUUUAGGUGUUUCAUCUUCAAACAUUUCCCAAUGGAUCAAUUCUACUCUUGAUAACCAAACGCGUACAAUUAUUCAUGGAGCUAAGUUCAAGACAAAUGAUAACCAAAAGGUUAUUUUCACCAUUGCUAACAAUCUUUUUUUAAGGAACCAUCAACAUGAUUCUUUGAGCCCACUUAUGUUGGAUCCACAACUCACUGCUAUUCUAUACGAUCGUAUGUCCAAUGCAGAUAAUUCUGUUGAUACAUUUGUCCAAGAAUUGAAGCUUUGCUAUAUGAUUUACUUUUAUCAAAACCCGUUGGCAGUAUUUCAUGAUACAAAUUUUAGUGAUAAAACUUCCAAGAUCCCAGAAGAAUACUUUGAAACCUUCAAGAAGCUUCCUUCAUUCAAGAGAUUCAUUGAAAAAAGGGUCUUUGAAUACAAGAGCUCUAAGGAUAAGCAAAUCAAGAAUGAAGUUAUUUCCUUGAUAGAUCUGAAUGAUCCUGUGAAGGUCUUCCUUGAGAGCAGUAAAGCUCAAUUCUUAAAGUUCAAGCUAAAGGUGAUAAACGCAUGCAACAUUCUUCAUGGACUUCUAAAGCAUAAGAGAGAGAAGUUAGAAGUUUAUAAGAUGAUCCUCAACAAUGAAGUCCUUGACUUGUUUAUGGAUUCACAACAUCAUUUCAAGAAUUUUGAAGUCAACUCAUAUUAUGUACCUGAAGAUAUUAUUUCAGAGUAUGAGUCGGAGUUUGGAACUAUCUCGGAUGAAAAUGCUGCAUUAUUCAUUGAUAGAAUUGAGAACCAAACAGGAAACAUACUGGAAAUCGUUCAAUCAUACAUAACCCAAGUUUCCGAUUAUUAUAAGGAUUUCCAUGGAACAGUUUUCCAUGAGAAUUGGUUUUUAACUGGGUUUGGUUACAGUACAGACGACAUGAAGAAGGUCAAGUUAAUGAGUUUGGAAGAAAACUACGAGAAUUUGAUGAUAAAUCUUUUAAGACCAAAUCUUAGAAUGGCAUUGGAAACUGGGUUAUCAACUCCGUCAUUAUAUUUGGGGAACUAUUUGAUUCAAAAUCAUUUGCAGAACAAUGGUUUUACCAAAUCUAGAAUUAAAGCUCCAAUCAGUCAAUUAUUUCAAGUAUACAAAGAUGCGCCAGUUACUAUAAACAUUUAUGAUAUGUAUACUGCUUUCAAGUAUUCCUAUAACCGGAAAGAUGUUUUGGCAGAAUUGGGACUUGAAGAUAAUUUCCCUGAUAAUAAAUAUGAAAAGUUGAUGUUCUCAUGGUUUUCUCAGAGUUGUUUUGAGAUGACCCAGAUGGGGUUCUUAAAGGAGAAACCAAAGGCGGACUACCUUGAAAAAGCUAUCUGGAGAGGUGUAUGA